AUGACCGUCUCAGAUCCCUUUGCUGAUGUGGCUGUAUCGCCUCUUGAAACAACAACUCAUUCGGAUUAUCCACUGAGUCUGCAGAAUCAUCAGGACGAUCGUAGUAACGUCGAUCAUCAGAAGACGAUAUUAACAAGCAACAAGUCUGGACAGAAUUUCUCAUUGGCUCCUGAUAAACCCGAAUAUGAUACUACUUCAUCGGAGGCGAAUUUCCGUGUUCAAAGUCUAUUCAUACGUCGCUAUAUUGCGAUGAAGAAUGCUUCUGAGUGUAAUUUUGAUGAAGAAAGGGGUGGUAGGCGAGUGGAAAAUAUGAAUGGAGCAAUUGAAAAGGGUUCAAUGAUUGGGCCUGGUGAGAAAUGGAGAUCCAGUACAGGGAAAAUGUAUAGGCGAUGUAAUACGACCACAACAUGUACAGAUCGAACAGAUGUAUCUGGUCAUAAUGAAGCUUCAUUGAAGCCAAAACGCCAUCUCGUCGGAUUCCUGCAUAGAACAUCACAUCUAUCGUUGACUAGUGAACUGAGCGCUAAUGCAUCGUUCUAUCUGAUAGGACAUCGCGCUGGAGGACGUCGGUUUGAAGAUUCUACGAUCGGCUCUGAGAGUGACGCUCGACUGUUCUCGGACGAUGAUGAUCGAUCAAGAGUGUCGACGUCAACCGACAUAACGAGCGUAUCGCGUCAACACCAUAUGAACGCAUAUCGUAAACGUCGAAAUCGCCGUAAAUUCCGACAACCGUCACGUGCGUCGUCGUUUAGUAGUAUCACGGAAAGUUCAAUGUCGCUGGAUGUCAUCACAGUGACACUGAACAUGGAUACGGUUAAUUUCCUUGGUAUUAGUAUUGUGGGACAGAGUUCAUCGCGAGGUGACAAUGGCAUUUAUGUGGCCAAUAUUAUGAAAGGUGGUGCUGUAGCACUGGAUGGUCGUAUUGAACCGGGUGAUAUGAUUCUACAAGUGAAUGAUAUAUCAUUCGAGAAUUUUACAAACGAUCAAGCUGUUGACGUGUUGCGUGAGUCUGUUGCCAGACGGGGACCGAUCAAAUUGACUGUGGCGAAGAUGUGGGAUGGUGGACCGAGAAGUGCGUUCACAGUGCCACGACAUCGAGAUGAGCCUGUGAGACCGAUCGAUACACAAGCUUGGAUACAACAUACGAACGCUAUGCGAGGAAUGCCAUCGAUUCUAGAAGGAUCCGAAGGAGCGCCAACGCCUGUUCCUGGUCAAUACGGUCGUCCGCCGAGUAGCGGUACGAUGACAUCGAAUGGUUCGGCACCGAAUACAAUCGUUGCCGGAGGGAUUGGUGGCAGCAUCCGAUUGGCAACAACAACUGACAAGAAGAGAAUUGUUCAAAUGAUGGUCAUGCCGAAUUCAGGUCUUGACAUCAAGAAUAGAACCUGGCUGAAAAUACCCAUUCCGAUGUCAUUUUUGGGUAGCGAUCUUGUGGAUUGGCUAAUGGAACAUGUAGAUGGCUUACGAGAUCGUAAGGACGGUCGUAAGUUUGCUGGCGAAUUGCUAAAAGAGAAGCUGAUAAGUCACGUUGUUAAUAAGAUAACAUUCACCGAACAAUGCUACUACAUCCUGGGGGAUGAAUGUGCAGAGUUCGCCCGUUUACGACAGAUUCCACCGACGUCAACCAAUGACGACGGAACUGGAGUGCGAAGUGAAGUUGGCUCGAUUCUACCGCCGCCUCCACCCGGACUAAUGGCCGCUGCAGCCGCAGCACAACAACAGCAAGGCUGUCCGAAUCGAGUUGCUGGCGUUUGGCCGUCAUCCCAACAACAACAGCAGCAACCAGGUGGUGUGGUUGGUGGUGUUAUGCUGCAGAAUGCACCGCCGUCGAUGGUAAGCAAUAUUCAACAUCAUCCUCAAAAUAUUGACGUGAAAAUGCGCUUUUACAUGAUGGAUAUUUGA